CACUUGUCAAACUUUCACUUUCAAAACCUCGUUGUGACGCAGAUGAUUUCCACCUGCUAAGACGACGGUGAAUGUGUGUUUUUAAUGCCAGAGCAGCAGCAGAGACCAGACUCUCCUGAACCUAAACCCAGCUGUGUGUCCAUGGAUCCAUCUUUGCUGUCUGAAGGAGAACUUCCUUCAAAAACUCAGCUUCAUCAGCAGAGACCAGACUGUCCUGCACCCAGCUGUCUGUCCAUGAAGAGUGACGAGUCCAAGCUUGAACCUUUUAACUUCGGAGAUGGACACCAAGAAAGGGUUCAUCAGCAAAUACCCGACUGUCUGUCUAUGAAGAGCAACUGGUCCAUGAUUGAACCUGUUAACUUCAGAGGUGAAAACUCUGCUCCAGAAAAGGUUGAGCAGCAAAAGUUUGAGUUUCCCCGUGAUGAGUCUGUCCAGCAGCAUCCGACAGACCUGGACGCCAUAUAUAUGCAUCUUGAGCAGAACAUUGUCAAUUAUGUAAAGAACGAGCUGAAGAAGUUUCAGAAGGUUCUGAGUCCAGAUUACCCAGAAUGCUUAAAGACGAAUGAGGAUGAGGAGGUGUUGGACGGUGAGGAUGGAAAGCAGAGUACGAGCACCAGAGAAGCAUUUCUGGAGAUCACCUUACACUUCCUGAGGAGAAUGAAGCAGGAUGAUCUGGCUGAAAGUUUGCAGAGCAGAACUACUGCUGCAGUUUGUCAACGUCAACUCAAAUCUAGCCUGAAGAAGAAGUUCCAGUUUGUGUUUGAGGGGAUCGCUAAAGCAGGAAACCCAACCCUUCUGAACCAGAUCUACACAGAGCUCUACAUCACAGAGGGAGGGACUGGAGAGGUCAAUCAUGAACAUGAGGUCAGACAGAUUGAAACAGCAUCCAGGAAACCAGACAGACCAGAAACAACCAUCAGACAAGAAGACAUCUUUAAAGCCUCACCUGGAAGAGACGGACCAAUCAGAACAGUGAUGACAAAGGGAGUGGGUGGCAUUGGGAAAACAGUCUUAACACAGAAGUUCACUCUGGACUGGGCUGAAGACAAAGACAACCAGGACAUACAGUUCACAUUUCCAUUCACCUUCAGAGAGCUGAAUGUGCUGAAAGAGAGAAAGUUCAGCUUGGUGGAACUUGUUCAUCACUUCUUUACUGAAACCAAAGAAGCAGGAAUCUGCAGGUUUGAUCAGUUCCAGGUCGUGUUCAUCUUUGACGGUCUGGAUGAGUGUCGACUUCCUCUGGACUUCCACAACACUGAGAUCCUGACUGAUGUUACAGAGUCCACCUCAGUGGACGUGCUGCUGACAAACCUCAUCAGGGGGAAACUGCUUCCCUCUGCUCGCCUCUGGAUAACCACACGACCUGCAGCAGCCAAUCAGAUCCCUCCUGAGUGUGUUGACGUGGUGACAGAGGUCAGAGGGUUCACUGACCCACAGAAGGAGGAGUACUUCAGGAAGAGGUUCAGAGAUGAGGAGCAGGCCAGCAGGAUCAUCUCCCACAUCAAGACAUCACGAAGCCUCCACAUCAUGUGCCACAUCCCAGUCUUCUGCUGGAUCACUGCUACAGUUCUGGAGGAGCUGUUGAAAACCAGAGAGGGAGGAGAGCUGCCCAAGACCCUGACUGAGAUGUACAUCCACUUCCUGGUGGUUCUGCUAAAAAGAAAGAACGUCAGGAAUGAUGGAGGAUCUGCGUCAGAUCCACACUGGAGUCCAGAGAACAGGAAGAUGAUUGAGUCUCUGGGAAAACUGGCUUUUGAGCAGCUGCAGAAAGGAAACCUGAUCUUCUAUGAAUCAGACCUGACAGAGUGUGGCAUCGAUAUCAGAGCAGCCUCAGUGUACUCAGGAGUGUUCACACAGAUCUUUAAAGAGGAGAGAGGCCUGUACCAGGACAAUGUGUUCUGCUUCGUCCAUCUGAGUGUUCAGGAGUUUCUGGCUGCUCUUCAUGUCCAUCUGACCUUCAUCAAGUCUGGACUCAAUCUGAUGUCAGAAGAACAAUCAACUUCCUGGUGGUCUAAACUGUUCGGAAACAAACCCGAACCAACACUCUUCUACCAGAGAGCUGUGGACGAGGCCUUACAGAGUCCUAAUGGACACCUGGACUUGUUCCUCCGCUUCCUCCUGGGUCUUUCACUGCAGACCAAUCAGACUCUUCUACGUGGCCUGCUGACGCAGACAGGAAGUGGCUCACAGACCAAUCAGGAAACAGUUCAGUACAUCAAGAAGAAGAUCAAUGAGAAUCUGUCUCCAGAGAAAAGCAUCAACCUGUUCCACUGUCUGAAUGAACUGAAUGAUCGUUCUCUAGUGGAGCAGAUCCAACAUUACCUGAGAUCAGGACGUGUCUCCACUGAUAAACUGUCUCCUGCUCAAUGGUCAGCUCUGGUCUUCAUCUUACUGUCCUCAGAAGAAGAUCUGGACAUGUUUGACCUGAAGAAAUACUCUGCUUCAGAGGAGGCUCUUCUGAGGCUGCUGCCAGUGGUCAAAGCCUCCACCAGAGCUCUGUUGAGCGGCUGUAAUCUGUCAGAGAGAAGCUGUGAAGCUCUGACCUCAGUCCUCAGCUCCCAGUCCUCUAGACUGAGAGAACUGGACCUGAGUAACAACGACCUGCAGGACUCAGGGGUGAAGCUGCUGUCUGCUGGACUGCAGAGUCCACACUGUAAACUGGAGACUCUCAGGGUGAAUCAAAACAGACUCACAGAGAAAUGCUGUGAGGACAUCUCAUCAGUUCUCAGCUCCCAGUCUUCUAGUCUGAGAGAGCUGGACCUGAGUAACAAUGAUCUGCAGGAUUCAGGAGUGAAGCUGCUCUCGGCUAGACUGGAGAGUCCACACUGUACACUGGAGACUCUCAGGUUGACUCAAACCGGACUCACAGAGAAAAGCUGCAAGGAGAUCUCAUCAGUUCUCAGCUCCCAGUCCUCUAGACUGAGAGAGCUGGACCUGGAUAACAAUGAUCUGCAGGAUUCAGGACUGAAGCUGCUGUUUCCUGAUCUGGAGAGUCCACACUGUACCCUGGAGACUCUCAGGUUGUCUCAAACCAGACUGACAGAUGAUUGCUGUGAGCAGAUCUCAUCAGUUCUCAGAUCCCAGUCCUUUAGACUGAGAGAACUGGACCUGAGUAAUAACGACCUGCAGGAUUCAGAUUUGAAACUGCUCUCUCCUGGACUGAAAAGUCCAAACUGUAAACUGGAGACUCUCAGGUUGAGCGGCUGUAAUCUGUCAGAGAGAAGCUGUGGAGCUCUGGCCUCAGUCCUCAGCUCCCAGUCCUCUAGACUGAGAGAACUGGACCUGAGUAACAACGACCUGCAGGAUUCAGGGGUGAAGCUGCUCUCUGCUGGUCUAAAGAGUCUACACUGUACACUGGAGACUCUCAGGGUGUCAGGCUGUCUUGUCACUGAGGCAGGUUGUUCUUCUCUGGUCUCGGCUCUAAGAUCCAAACCCUCCCAUCUGAGAGAGCUGGACCUGAGCUACAAUCAUCCAGGAGACUUAGGAGUAAAGCUGCUGUCUGCAGAACUGGAGGAUCCACAGUGUAGACUGGAUACUUUCAGGUUGGAGCAUGGUGGAGAGCAGAGGCUGAAACCUGGUCUGAGGAAGUACGCCUGUGAACUCACACUGGACACAAACACAGUGAACACAAACCUCGAACUGUCUGACAACAACCGGACGGUGACAACAGUAAAGGAGCAACAGCCGCAUCAUGAUCAUCUGCACAGGUUUGCCAACUGGCAGCUGCUGUGUGAAGAUGGUCUGACUGGUCGCCACUACUGGGAGGUGGAGUGGGCAGGAAAGGUUGAUGUAGCAGUGGCUUAUAGAAACAUCAGAAGGAGAGGAAACAGGGAUCACUGCAGAUUUGGAGUGAACGGUCGGUCCUGGAGUCUCCUCUGCUCUGAUGGUGAUCGUUACACUGUGUGGCACAAUAACAAAAGAACAGACCUCCCUCCUUCCUCCUCCUCCUCCUCCUCCUCCUCUGUCUCUCACAGAGUAGCAGUGUAUGUGGACUGUCCUGCUGGUUCUCUGUCCUUCUACAGAGUCUCCUCUGACUCACUGAUCCACCUCCACACCUUCAGCACCACCUUCACUCAACCUGUCUACCCUGCGUUCGGGUUCUGGGGCUUUGGUUCGUCAGUGUCUCUGUGUUCACCGGAGGAAGCUGGUUCUCUUGUGUAGAAAAAAUCAACCAAUCAAAAACCUACACGAUGUCCAUGUGAGACGGACAGCACUUCCUGUGUAGAUAAACCUUUAUUCUCGCAGGCGUCUUCAAAGUUACAAAACAAAUCACUUCGAACUGCUCGACAUGUUAUAAUUUCUGUUCCAAACAUAUUUAAAUCAACCUGAUGACCAAAAACAUUUGUUUGACUGUCUUUAUGUGUAGAAAUGUAAAAAUCAAUGUUAUAUUUAAACAAAUAUUCCAGUGUGUGUACUGUGUACAUUUGUUUUAAAUGCGAGGAAAUAAAUCUGUGAUGAAUUUAAAUAGUUA